AUGAGGAUCAUAUAUUUACUACUAAUCGUAGCCGUCUGUGCGGUGAGUGCGAAAUACUUACCUUACGAAACGAAUCCACUUUCAAGGUCUCUAUUAUCACAUGAUGAUGAAUCAUCGUCGUCUUCAGAGACUAAAGAAGAUAAUGAAAUCGAAGUGGAUUCUAGGGAAAGCAAGAUUCAGGAAGAAAACCUGAAGAGACUAGAAAAAAAUGAGAAGGAAAGAAGAAAGCAUGAAGAGGAACAACUUGAGCGAGAGAGGAAAUAUCAGGAAAAACUAGCUGAACAACAGGAAAGGCAAGUUGAACACGAACGUAAGCAGCAAGAAAGACAAGCUGAACAGCAGCGUAGACAAGCCGAAUACGAACGUAAACAACAAGAAAAGCAGGCUGAACGUGAACGCAAGGAGCAAGAACGUUUAGAAAAGGAAAAACGCAAACAAGAGGAAAGAGCUCGCAAAGAAGAAGAGAAAGCCCUGAAGGCCGAAAAGAAGCGGGCAGAAGAAGAACGUAAACGUCAGGAAAAGAUUCAGAAACAAGUAGACAAAUUAGAAAAGGAAACUCUUGAAAAAGAACAGGACUUCCAGGAAGCCAUCGAAUCAACUGAACAAGAUGUCGACCUCGAUGACAUCUGGAAGAUCUACGUUUACGAAAAGUAUGGCUUAACAGGACUUAGCACCGGUCUUGAAAGGAAAGCUGCGCUCAGCCGAUUCUUCACGGAAGAGCUGGGCCUGAAUGCAAACAGCACUAAGAGCGAGAGGCGCCAAGCUAUCACAAACUUUGUUCAGACCAAGAUAUACGAAGAUGUUGCCGCGCUGACUGCCUGGAGGAACCAUUUGGAAUUAUACUUGAACGCAAUAACAGUCCAAGCUGUACGAGCGGAGCUAGAAGAGAAAGUUGAAAAACUCGAAAAUAAGACGGCUUUAUUGCAAACCCUGCUGGUGGUGCAGCUUCUGGACCAGCUGGUGCGGCCAACUCUGCCAACGCUGCUUCUGGCGCGCCUGGUGCUGGUAACUCUGCGAAUGCUGCAUCUAGUGCGGCUGGUGCUGCCAACUCUGCUGACGCUGCCUCUGGAGCGGCCGGUGCUGCCAACUCUGCCUCUGGUGCGGCUAGUGCUGCCAACUCUGCUGACGCUGCCUCUGGUGCGGCUGGUGCUGCCAACUCUGCCUCUGGUGCGGCUGGUGCUGCCAACUCUGCUUCUGGUGCGGCUGGUGCUCCCAACUCUGCUGACGCUGCCUCUGGAGCGGCCGGUGCUGCCAACUCUGCUUCUGGUGCAGAUGGUGCCACCAACUCUGCUGACGCUGCCUCUGGUGCGGCUGGUGCUGCCAACUCUGCCUCUGGUGUGGCUGGAGCUGCCAACUCUGCCUCUGGUGCGGUUGGUGCUGCCAACUCUGCUGACGCUGCCUCUGGAGCGCACGGUGCUGCCAGCUCCGCCUCUGGUGCCUCUGGUGCUGCCAACUCUGCAUCUGGUGCGGCUGGUCCGGCCAACUCUGCCUCUGGUCCGGCUGGUGGUGCCAGCUCUGCAUCUGGUGCGGCUGGUGCUGCCAACUCUGCAUCGGCUGGUGCUGCCAACUCUGCUGACGCUGCCUCUGGUGCGGCUGGUGUUGCCAACUCUGCCUCUGGUGCGGCUGGUGCUGCCAACUCUGCCUCUGGUGUCGCUGGUACUGCCAACUCUGCUGACGCUGCCUCUGGUGCGCCUGGUGCUGCCAACUCUGCCUCUGGUGUGGCUGGUGCUGCCAACUCUGCUGACGCUGGCUCUGGAGUGGUUGGCGCUGCAAACUCUGCUGAUGCUGCCCCUGCUGGCGCCGACUCCAAUGCCCCUGCUGGCCCUGACGCUGCUGGCCCUGCUAGUUCAGACGCCGCUGCCCCUGCUGGCGCCGACGCCGCUGCUCCUGCUGGCCCUGACGCCGCUGCCCCUGCAAGCCCUAACGCCGCUGCCACUGCUGGCGCGAAUGCCGCUGACCCCGCCGCCGCCGCAGCCCCGGCUGGCGCUGACGCUACUCAAUCUACUAACGCUGCUGCUCCCGCUGGCGCUGACGCCUCUGACCCUGCUGGCGCGGAUGCCGCUGCUCCCGCUACCCCGGCUGGCACUGACGCUGUUUCACCCGCUGGCGCUGACGCCGCUGCUCCUGCUAGUGCUGACGCUGCUCAGUCUGCUAACGCUGCUGCUCCCGUUGGCACUGACGCCUCUGCCGCCGCUGGCGCUGACGCUGCUGCCCCCGCUGACGCUGCUGCCCCCGCUGGCGCUGACGCUGCUGCCCCUGCUGGCGCUGACGUCGCUGCACCCGCUGCUCCCGCUGACGCCGCUACCCCGGCUGGCGCUGAAGCUGCUGCCCCGGCUGGCACUGACGCUGUUUCACCCGCUGGCACUGACGCCGCUGCUCCCGCUGACGCCGCUGCUCCCGCUGACGCCGCUGCUCCCGCUGACGCCGCUGCUCCCGCUGACGCCGCUGCUCCCGCUGACGCCGCUGCUCCCGCUGACGCCGCUGCUCCCGCUGACGCCGCUGCUCCCGCUGACGCCGCUGCUCCCGCUGACGCCGCUGCUCCCGCUGACGCAGCUGCUCCCGCUGACGCAGCUGCUCCCGCUGACGCAGCUGCUCCCGCUGACGCAGCUGCUCCCGCUGACGCAGCUGCUCCCGCUGACGCAGCUGCUCCCGCUGACGCAGCUGCUCCCGCUGACGCAGCUGCUCCCGCUGACGCCGCUGCUCCCGCUGACGCCGCUGCUCCCGCUGAUGCUACUGCUUCCGCUGACGCCGCAGCUCCCGCUGACGCUACUGCUCCCGCUGACGCCGCAGCUCCCGCUGACGCUACUGCUCCCGCUGACGCCGCAGCUCCCGCUGACGCUACUGCUCCCGCUGACGCCGCAGCUCCCGCUGACGCCGCUGCUCCCGCUGAUGCCGUUGCUCCCGCUGAUGCCGCUGCUCCUGCUGACGCCGCUGCUCCCGCUGACGCCGCUUCUCCCGCUGAUGCCUCUGCUCCCGCUGGCGCCGCUGCUCCCGCUGACGCCGCUUCUCCCGCUGACGCCGCUUCUCCCGCUGACGCCGCAGCUCCCGCUGACGCUACUGCUCCCGCUGAUGCCGUUGCUACCGCUGACGCCGCUGCUCCCGCUGACGCCGCUGCUCCCGCUGACGCCGCUGCUCCCGCUGACGCCGCUGCUCCCGCUGAUGCCGCUGCUCCUGCUGACGCCGCUGCUCCCGCUGACGCCGCUGCUCCCGCUGACGCCGCUGCUCCCGCUGACGCCGCUGCUCCCGCUGACGCCGCUGCUCCCGCUGACGCCGCUGCUCCCGCUGACGCCGCUGCUCCCGCUGACGCCGCUGCUCCCGUUGACGCCGUUGCUCCCGCUGACGCCGCUGCUCCCGCUGACGCCGCUGCUCCCGCUGACGCCGCUGCUCCCGCUGACGCAGCUGCUCCCGCUGACGCAGCUGCUCCCGCUGACGCAGCUGCUCCCGCUGACGCCGCUGCUUCCGUUGAUGCCGCUGCUCCUGCUGACGCCGCUGCUCCCGCUGACGCCGCUGCUCCCGUUGACGCCGUUGCUCCCACUGACGCCGCUGCUCCCGUUGAUGCUGCUGCUCCUGCUGACGCCGCUGCUCCCGCUGACGCCGCUGCUCCCGUUGACGCCGUUGCAUCCGCUGACGCCGCUGCUCCCGCUGACGCCGCUGCUCCCGCUGACGCCGCUGCUCCCGCUGAUGCCGCUGCUCCCGUUGACGCCGUUGCUCCCGCUGACGCCGCUGCUCCUGUUGAUGCCGCUGCUCCUGCUGACGCUACUGUUCCCGCUGACGCCGCAGCUCCCGCUGACGCUACUGCUCCCGCUGACGCUACUGCUCCCGCUGACGCUAGUGCUCCCGCUGACGCUACUGCUCCCGCUGACGCUACUGCUCCCGCUGACGCUAGUGCUCCCGCUGACGCUACUGCUCCCGCUGACGCCGCUGCUCCCGCUGACGCCGUUGUUCCCGUUGGCGCUGACACGGUUAUCCCGGCUGCCGGUGAGUCUGUCGAUGCUGCGACUUCCGAUGCAGCUGCUUCUGAGCCCGCUGCCAUCACCGAAAAUAUUGUUGCUGGCGCUGAUACCACUUCGGCACCUGAAGCUGCCGCUACAAAUGACGCUGCCACCGAAGCUUCACCAUCUGAAGGGUCCGGUGCUGAACCUGCUCCUAGCGCAGGUGUUGAAAAUGCUGGCGGUGUAAACACCGAAGGACCUGUUGAUGUAGUAACUGGGGCGCCUGUGGAGCAAAGCACGAAUGAGGUUGUCAAUUCUGAAUCUCCGGUCACUUUGUUAGACAUUCUUUCUGGACCAGUGACUGAGGCU